UCAGUCCCUCUGCACUCGUUUUCCUCUCCUCCUCCUCCUCCUCCUCUUCUUCUUCUUCUUCAGACAGAACGAUCAUCAGUCCAUCAUGUCUUUCCUCUCCUCCGUCUCCUUCGCUCUUCUCCUGAUAUCAGUGUGUCCAUCAGAAACUCUUCUCCAAGGUAAAUCCUCCAGUGUGUGGCUGCAGCGUCUGAACGGGACGCACCAGCAGACGGGUGUGUUCCCCCGCAGGUUCCUCUGGGGCGUCGGCAGCUCUGCGUUCCCUACAGAGGGCUCUUGGGAUGCAGACGGCAAGAGUCCAUCAAUAUGGGACCACUUCACCCUUCAGUCUCCAGCAGGAGCGUCCAGCGACAGCUACAUCCACUGGGAGGAGGAUCUGAAAGCGCUUCAGUUUCUGGGUGUUGAUUUCUACUCAUUUUCUCUGUCGUGGCCUCGUCUUUUCCCUGAUCUGACUUCAAACCCUAGUCCGGCUGGAGUUGAACACUACCGCAGAUUAAUUAGGAAGCUGAAGGAGUUGAACGUGGAGCCUGUGGUGACUUUAUUUCACUGGGAUCUCCCGCAGGUCCUGCAGGAGCGUUUGGGAGGCUGGCUGAACUCCAGUAUGGUUGAUGUGUUUGCAGAUUACGCUGAGUUCUGCUUUCGGACGUUUGGGGAUGAGGUUCGAUUCUGGAUUACGAUGCACAACCCGUUUUUGGUGGCGGUGCAGGGGUAUGGGACGGGCGCUCACGCUCCGGGGGUGAAAGGGGAGCGCGGUGACCCCUUCAUCGCCGCACAUAACCUCAUUCGGGCUCAUGCUAAGGCGUAUCACGUCUAUGAUAAACACUUCAGAGCACGUCAGAACGGUAAAAUCUCCAUUAGUCUGGGCUCCCAUUGGGUGGAGCCUCUUCACGGACAGGCCACACCCACCAACCUGGAGCUCUGCCAGAAGUCCAUGGAGGCUGUGAUUGGCUGGUUCGCAGAGCCCAUAUAUGGAAGUGGAGAUUACCCAGAAUCCCUGAAGGCCGCAAACCGAGGCGUGAUCCCAGAGUUCAGUGCAGCGGAGCGGCUCUGGGUGAGGGGGAGCGCAGAUUUCUUCUCGGUGGCGUUCGGGCCAGAGACGCUGCGCGUGAGUCGGGGACUGGCGCGGUUCGGCCAGACGGUGGCGCUGGAGCUCAGGAGUGUGCUGGUGUGGGUUCAGCAGGCGUAUGGGGAUCCACUGGUGCUGGUGGCUGAGAGUGGGUGGUUCUCUGACGCUUCUGUCGGGGUCGAGGACACACUCGCCAUCUACCUCAACAAGAGAUUCAUCUUACAAGUCAUGCAAGCGGUGUCUGUGGAUGCAGUGAGGGUGUUUGGAUACACCGCCUGGAGUUUGCUGGACGGUUUUGAGUGGAAUCAGGGCUUCAGUGUGAGGAGAGGUCUAUUUUACAUCGACUUCAGCCAGUCUGAGCGCCGCAGAGUCCCCAAGACCAGUGCACACUUUUACAGACAGACGAUCCGAGACAACGGCUUCCCAGACACUGACACAAAACACAUCCAGGCCCGAUUCCCCUGCCACUUCCAGUUCGGGGUGUCUGACUCAGUACUACAGGUGCAUCUGCAUCCGUUCUCGCCUCAGUUCACCGACCCGCACCUGUACCGCUGGAAUUUCUCCGGUGACGGAUCUCUGAAGCCAGUGACGGGGAUCAUCCUGCACACGCGGCCGGCUCAAUGCACAGAUUUCCUCUUCAUCCAGCGGCAUUUGUUUCUGCUGGGGGUCACGGGGUCAACACACUACCGCUUCUCCCUAGACUGGACUCAGCUAUCUCCCUCUACUGGACACCCGGAGACACUGCGCUUCUACAGGUGUGUGUUGAGCGAGCUCCAGCGGAGAGGAAUCCAGCCAAUCGUGACUCUUUAUCACCCUAGCUACAGGUCUGCAUCUCUGGGUUUACCUGAAGCGCUGCAUGCUAACGGCGGAUGGAGGAACGCUAGCACUGUUGAUGCAUUCGUGCGCUACGCUACAUUCUGCUACCGAGAGUUCGGUGCAUUGGUGCAUAUGUGGAUUACUAUUAAUGAGCCCAAUCGAUUAACUGACGCGUAUAGCGGAAGUGCAGACGAUAGACGAAUAGUUGCACGAAAUCUGCUGCUUGCGCAUGCGAAAGCCUGGCGCGUUUAUGAUGUGUAUUUUCGCAAACAGCAGGGGGCGACGGUGAGUUUGACACUUCACGCUGAUUGGGUCGAACCAGCAAACCCGUUUUUAGAGUCGCACAAAAGCGCGCAGCAACAUUUCUUAUUGUUUGAACUCGGACGAUUUAUUGAUCCACUAUAUAGCGAUGAGAGUUCCUCGUCCACUCUGAUUGGCUGGAGUGAAGACGAGAGGGAGGAGCUUAGAGGAGCGUUGGAUUUCAUCGCUCUGAAUCAUUUCACCACGCGUUUGGUUUCGCCGUGGACUCAUCUGAAAGCGUCGAAUCCGGAUCACGGGUGCUCGCUGAUGAAUGAUGUCAACUGGCAGACCUCACAGAUGGGGCAAGCGCUGGUACCCUGGGGGCUCCGCAGGAUGCUGGGGUGGGUGAAGAAUCGCUAUGGCAACCGCCUCCCCAUCAUUAUCACUGCAUCAGGAGUGGACGAUCAGGAAGCCUAUCAUGACCAGCUGAGACAGAGUUAUAUCAGAGACUACCUGCAGGAGGCGCUCAAAGCUCGGGAGCUGGACGGUGUUAAUCUCAGAGGCUUUUACAUCUGGAAGCUUCAGGAUCAUCAUGAUCUUCAGUUCGGGCUCUUCAGCUCCGCCGCUCAUCAUUCACGGCCCAAAGCGUCGGUGGCUCUGUACCGGGACAUCAUCUCCCACCGCGGAUUCAUUUCAUCCCCUGACCCGUGUCUGACUGCAGAUGAGAACGGGACGAGCUGUGAAAUCUGCACGCACAUCGCGGAGAACAAACCCCUGCUGUUCUUCAGUGUGUGUGUGUUCGUGAGUGUGUGCAUGAUCUGUGUGCUCAUCAUCCUCUCUGUGUUGAGGAAGAGGAGGAGGAAGAGGAGAAAAGCCCUCAGUGUCCCGCAGAGAGUCACCAUCCCACAGAGGUUUCCCAUGAUGAGGGUCACACACCAGCUGCGCCACUAAAACACACACACACUGUUGACAUUUGUUUUUUUCAAAUAUUUGCCAAAUUAUGUUUAACAGAGCAGGGAAAUAGUUUUAAAUAUUUCCUAUAAUAUUUUCACUUAUUACUUAUGUUAGUUUGGCAGGAAUAAAAGCAGUUUUUAAAUUUUUUAAAACAAUUUUAUAGUCAAUAUUAUCAGCCCGCAGAGACAUACUUGAAGGCAAAAUUAUUCACCCUCCUGUGAAUCUUUUUCAAAUAUUUCCCAAAUUAUGUUUAACAGAGUAAGGAAAUGUUUUUAAAUAUUUCCUAUAAUAUUUUUACUUAUUAUUUAUUUUAGUUUGGCAGGAAUAAAAGCAGUUUUUGAAUUUUUAUAAACUAUUUUAAAGUCAAUAUUAUCAUACAAAGUUGUUUUGUUUUUCAGAUAUUUCCCAAAUUAUGUUUAACAGAGCAGGGAAAUAGUUUUAAAUAUUUCCUAUAAUAUUUUCACUUAUUACUUAUGUUAGUUUGGCAGGAAUAAAAGCAGUUUUUUAAUUUUUAAAAACAAUUUUAUAGUCAAUAUUAUCAGCCUGCAGAGACGUAAAUUAUGUUUAACAGAGUAAGGAAAUAUUUUUAAAUAUAUUUUCUAUAAUAUUUUUACUUUUUAUUUAUUUUAUUUUGGCUGGAAUAAAAGCAAUUUUUAAAUUUAAAAAAAAAAUUGAAAAUCAAUAUUAUCAGCCACAGAGACAUACAAUACAGUUGAAGGUCAAAUUUACCAGCCUCCUGUGAAGCUUUUUAAGAUAUUUCCCAAAUUAUGUUUAACAGAGCAAGUAAAUAGUUUUAAAUAUUUUUUAUAAUAUUUUCACUUAUUACUUAUGUUAGUUUGGCAGGAAUAAAAGCAGUUUUUAAAUUUUUAAAAACAAUUUUAUAGUCAAUAUUAUCAGCACGCAGAGAUUCUCCAUGUUGAGGGUCACACAGCAGCUGCGCCACUAAAACACACACACACACACACACACACACAGUUGACAUUUUCCUGUGAAAUUUGUAAUCUUUUUCAAGUAUUUCCCAAUAUGCAGUCUAUUUAAACAGCCCCUUAAGUGGAAUAAUGUAUAUUUUAAGGACUAAAUGCCUGCCUAAAUCAAUAAUAAAUCAUAUUUGCAUACA